AGUGAUUAGAUUUUGAGAAAAUUUCGAUGUUUUGAUCGUAGAACCGGAAUUAUUUCAGUGCUUUGAGCUUUUGGAUUCGGUGUUUAGUACUUAUUACUUUCAUUGCUGAACUUUCAACACUUUGCAGUUGAAGUUGCGCUUCUUUUCGUCGGUUAUGUGAUAAUUGUGGACUAACGUGAGUCAUUCUCAUCUCAUCAUUAUUCUGUUCUCUCUGCGCAUUGAUAAAGAAAUUUUAUCAAUGUACAUAUUCUCCAAGUCGCUUGAUUAUUUAAACGCUUCGUCAAAAGAAAAGUGAUACUUCAGCGUGGACAUGUUGUUCGAUUUGGAAAACGACCUACCAGAUGAAAUCAUGGCAUCAACAUCUCAGUCUACGAGUGUUACGAGAAAUAAUUACCGAGUUGUUCCUGCCGCUGAUGGCAACAGUUUGAGAUUACGAAUUCGAGCUGAACCUAAACCUAUGUCAUCUACGCCAAGAUCGACAUCAAUUGAUCAAUCUCUUCCAACCUCUUCGUCGUCGUCCAACUUAUUCCCGCAACUAGCAACAAACUCGUCUACGCCGCCAAUACUUCCGACUCAACCAACAGCUUCAGCGUCGUCCGACUUAUUCUCACAACCAGUAACAAACUCGCCCACGCCUAUGGUUAUUUCAGCUCAGUCUGCUGCUUCAUCGACGUCUAACUAUCUAACUCAAUCACAAACCGUGCAGAGUCUUAAUCCAGUUACAUUAUCUCAAACCGCAAUCGUACAACCUUCGUUUUUACAGUCACAAACUAGCUCGUCUACGUAUUCUACUUCAUCAUCUCAGCCGAUGGGCAUGUCAUCUACUUUGUUUCAACCUCAAACCAACCAAUAUGUGUAUCCUGCUUCAUCUUCUCAAUCUGCUACUGUAACAUCGUCUUCGUUUCUACCUCAGUCACAAAACAAUCAUCCUGGUUUUGCGACUACGUCGUCUCAAUCUACGGGAAUGUCGUCGACUUCUUUUUUGCCUCAAUCUCAAAAUAACCUACCUGUUUAUGCCUCUAGAUCUGCUGCAUUUUCAUCAACUUCCUUCCUACCUCAAUCUCAAAAUAGCCAAACAGCCUAUUCUAACCCAAUAUCUCCAUUUCUCAGUACACCGCCGUUAAGCAUGUGGUCUCCUUGUAUAAAUCCAUCAGCCUCGCGAAAUACUAACCAAUCUUCGUAUAUGUUUCCAUCUUCAGUUUCAACCGCACCACGAUAUUACCCUAGUGUCAAUAUUGUGCCUCCGUCUACCACGCAAACUAAUCCUCAGUCUUUCCCAGUUACUGGUGGAUCAUCGCAACAACCUUCUCCAAUAGACAGAAAGGUAGUGGAUAUGAAAAGAAAGUGGUACAAUGAUCAGGCGUUCGACCUAAGACAUCAAACGACUAGUUCUGCUGCGUCAGGUCAGUCCACGGGCUUGUCUUCAGCAGUUCAGUCUACCGCUAGACAUCUUCAAGCUGUUGCUGCGAACUUACGAGUAAAAAUGGAUACUGAUAUUUCAAAAAAUACUUCUGCGCAAGAAACAACGACACCAGCUGCCGAUAAUGUUACACCAUCGAACAAAACCAUGGAAACUAAUGCUCAACAAAAUGCUAAAGAGUGGCAUAAUCAAAUUAAUGUGGAAUUAAGAGAGCAAUUAGUUGAAAAAUUAGUUCAAACCCUGUUUCCAAGUAAUGGAGCUGUUCCUAUUCCUUUAGAUAUGACACAAAAUUUGAAAACUUACAUUGGGAGAGUUGAACGUGAAAUUUUCGAGAGUUCUAAUUCGAAAGACGAAUAUUAUCAGAUAUUGUCGGAAAAGAGUGAUAAAAUUCAAAAAUUUUAUAAUAAGAAACGUCUGGAACGACAGGGACGUAAGGAGCAACAACCACAACAGCAGCAACAAUUACAGCAAGAUGUUGAAAUGUCCCAGUCACAGUCUACUGUUGAGACCAGUAAAAAUAAUUCUGUUAACCAAUCGUCCAUUACCACCUCCGGGGCGAGUCACAUUCUUUCAUUGGUCAAUAACGUGUCAAUUAACAAGCCUAAAAAAACUGUCACUAAAGACUGGCAUAAACAAAUCGGUACAGAACUCAGAGAAAUAUUAGUCAAAGAAUUUGUACAGAAAAUGCUUCCAGUACCCGGCUCUGAAGAAAUGAUGAAUGAUUCCGAAGAGCCCAAGUCAUCAAUUGACGACCGAAUAAAAUCGUACGCCAAAAAUGUAGAAUGUGAUAUUUAUCAAAAAGCUGAUUCCAGAAUCGAGUAUUACGAUUUAUUGGCUGAUAAGUACUGUAAAAUGCAUGAAGAGCUCCGAAAGGGUAAUUUCGCUGCAUUGGAUAAUUCGUAAUCAGUAUUCCUAUUCCAUGAUCAGGACAAUUCUAAAGUGAUGAGGAAUAAGCUCUUCAAAUUAUUCUUGAUUUUUUUAAGCUGUGGAUUUUCAUUUUAUUUAUUCGAAGAGAAAGGAAGAAUGUACGUUAUACGAUAGAAUUUCGAGUAUUAUUAUUUCUGAUAAAAAUAAAUGAAUAAGAUGAGUAAUUUCUAGAUUAACUAUGGACAUAGUUGAGCUACUUAUUGAUAUAAAUUUUUUCGAUUUAUUGAGUGUGUUUUAAAUGGUGCUAAUAAUACUUUGUUUAUUGUAAAUAAUGUCGUUAUUUAAAGUUUAUAAUUAAAAAGACUGAAUACUGUAUAUGUUUUUUGCUCUCGAUCAGAAUAUUGUAAAAAUUGAAGAAAAAAAACAGAGGUCCCUUUAUCUUUUAAUUUAAUUGAAAAUUUGAAAUUGAAUAUUGAUAUUGAAAAAAUGAAAAUACUUGAAAAGGAGAAAUAAAAUUUCGGAUUCGAUAUUGUAUCGAUAAAAAAUAAUGAUGUUUAUGUAUCGACUAUCGAAAUCGAUUUCGUGUUGUUUUUGUUGUUGUCGAUAAAUAAAAACAAAAACAAUGAAAGCUGACUUGAUAAGCGAAACAAAAAUCUUGAAAUUUCUUGUGUCCUGUGUUUUUCGCUUUUUUCGAAAAAUAUAAGUUGGACAUCUUAUAGAAUUGGCACUUGGUGGAAAACUCGAUUUCAUCCAACAGUUCUAUGAAUUAAUUUAACCGUUCUCGCUGUUUUGCUUUCCAGCCACUAAAUUCAUCCUUCAUCUUCCCAUCUUCGUUUUUUGACUGAGUACAUUUGAUUAUUCAGUUCAACUUUCCUCAGGAAGAACUUACUGUAAAUAAACACUCAUCACACGCUCACAACUUCCGUUAGCAGCCACUGAGUUGAUAAUCCGCAAAUGCCCCUGUAGUAAUAUCAUUUCGAAGAUAUGGAAACUAUACGGUCUAAUACCACGGUCAAAGUAUAUAAAGCGAGUUUCCUAUGGGAACUGGAACGUUACAGUGUGCACGAUACGAAAGGAGAUCAUGUAAAAUCACCACUAUUCUCAUCAGAAGCUUGUGAUCAAUUCAAAUGGUAUAUGAAACUAUAUCCAAACUCCAAAAACAAUACCGCUGAAAACAUUACCGUAUUCUUGUUCUUGGAUGCCUCGAGCCAGUACAAAUCGGUAUUCGCUAGAUCGAAAUUACAUAUAAUGGACAAGGACCGUUACAAAGCGUACAGUAAAGUGAGUUCAGUCCACGAAUACACCGCUAAUCCGGUUCAUGGUCAUCAGCAUCCUCGCGGUUGGAUUGAAUUUAUCAAAAGGGAUCAGCUUUUAAAUGCGUAUUAUCUGCCUAAUGAUAAAUUAACGCUUUGCUGCGAAGUAUCAUUUUUCCAUGUAAGCGAUGAUCUGUUGGAAAAUAUGUGUGAUCAACACGAUACUUUUCUACUCCAAUCACAUACUUCCAAAUACGACUUAUCCAAAGAUUUUAGAUCAUUGUUGGAAAAUCAACAGUUCGCCGACAUAGUGGUCUCAAUAAAUGGUAAAAAUUAUCCAGUACAUAAAGCUAUUUUGGCUGCUCGUAGUCCUGUUUUUGCCGCCAUGUUCCAACAUGAUAUGCUUGAAAAUGAACACAAUCGCAUCGUUUUAAUGGACGUGGAAGAACGAAUCGUAGAAGAAAUGUUACGAUACAUUUACACCGGUUCGUGUGAAAAUAUAAAGAGCUUAGCCGAUGGUUUAUUGACCGUAGCUGAUAAAUACGAUUUAGAAGGAUUGAAGGUUAUUUGCCAAGACGCGUUGAUCGAGAACUUAUCAGUUGAAAAUGCUACUGAAAUACUAGUGUUGGCGGAUUUGCAUCGUGCCGAUGAACUAAAAUCAAAAGCAUUGAAUUAUAUUGUGUCAAAAUCCAGCAAAGUGAUGAAAUCUUCCGGUUGGAAACGUAUGGCCCCUUCGAAUCCCCAGUUAAUUAUGGAAGUAUCUGAAGCUUUAUCCAAAGCUCUCCAUCGAGAGAAAAAGAGCCAUUGCCAUUCUAGUAAACGGAUCAAAUUGACUACACGCGCUAGAGACCUCUCUGAUGAUAGUUCUAGAUUUAUUAGGUUUUAUACAGCUCCUGUUCCGGUUUCAAUUCGAAAUACGCCUGCAUCGCUUGAUAUUAACCCUAUUAACAUUAAUCGAUAGUUCAAUUUUGUAUCGUCGCGGUGUCAUUGUGAAUGGAUGUGAAAAAUUUUACACUUUUUGUCUUACCUAUAUUUUAAGUUCAUAUUUAUAUUUUGUUGUUAUACCUAAUAACUAAUUAUUAUAAGUUUGUUAAAUUUCUGAAUUAUUGUGAAUAAGAAAGAAGUAUGUAAAUGAAUGGAUGGGGGAGUGUGUUUCUCCGAGUUUUACACUGAAAUUCGUAUUUUACCGAACGAAGAAUAAAUUAUAUUGAUCAUUGA